GGAAUAUAUGUAUGCAGAGAGAUAUCACCAUCCUUCUCAGUCUCUCUCUCUCUCUCUCUGUUAUGAAUGCUGAUUUAGCCCCGUAGUUGGUGCUCAUCCCUCCGCUUAACCCUCCUCCAUUGAUCCAUAUCUACCACCAAGAAACAAUUAGAGAGAGAGAAGGAAAAAUUCAUUUUUAACAAAGUGGAUAAGACCCUCUUAAUCCACUCCUAAUUUUAAGCAAGUUUACUUUCUUCACAAGCCUAAUCCUUCUUUAUAUAUCAGAGUUCAAAUUUUACCACUUAACUCAAUCACCCUUAUUAUUUAUAUCCUUCAACAAAAGCAAGUGUGUUUGUUCCUAGCUAACUCUUGCUGUCUUCACCCUCACCAACAAGAAAAAUCAGAGUUUGGUUUAUCAAACUCUUCCAUUUUCCUCUUCUUCUUUUUGUUGUUCUUCUUCAUUGCAUUCUUGAUGGACUAUUACCUGAGAGAAAUUGAAGGGAAGCAAGCUCAUGACCCUUUAUUCAUGAAGAACAAAUCACCAUCAUCAACUGAGAGAUGUGUCUGGGUUCCAGGGCCAGUGAUUGUAGGAGCAGGACCUUCAGGGCUAGCAGCAGCAGCAUGUCUCAAAGAGAAAAACAUUCCAAGUGUAAUCCUUGAAAGAUCCAAUUGCAUAGCUUCUUUAUGGCAACUCAAAACCUAUGAUCGUCUUCGUCUUCAUUUGCCAAAGCAAUUCUGUGAACUACCCUUCAUGGAGUUCCCUGAAGAUUUCCCAACAUACCCUUCAAAGCAGCAAUUCAUCCAAUACUUGGAGUGCUAUGCAGCGAGGUAUGGGAUUAGGCCAAGGUUCAAUGAGACAGUGAAGCAUGCUGAAUUUGACACCACGCUAGGGUGUUGGAGAUUGAAGAGUUUUGACCACAAGGCGGAGAUCACCACGGAGUAUAUCUGCCGGUGGCUGAUAGUGGCCACCGGAGAGAAUGCGGAGGCGGUGGUGCCGGAGAUUGAAGGAACAGGGGAAUUUGGAGGUUCCAUAAAGCACACUAGUUUGUAUAAGAGUGGUGAGGAAUUUAGAGGGAAGAGGGUUUUGGUUGUGGGGUGUGGAAAUUCUGGCAUGGAAGUGUGUUUGGAUCUUUGCAAUCACAAUGCUACUCCUUCUCUUGUUGCAAGAGACACGGUACACGUCCUACCACGAGAGAUGCUGGGAAAAUCAACUUUCGGGUUGUCCAUGUGGUUGCUCAAGUGGUUGCCCAUAAGAAUUGUCGACCGGUUCUUGCUGAUAGUGUCAUGGCUCAUGCUUGGCGACACGGCCCGGCUCGGGUUGGACCGGCCUCAGUUGGGUCCUCUUGAGCUUAAAAACCGGUCUGGGAAGACCCCUGUACUAGACGUGGGUACCCUUGCCAAGAUUAAAGGUGGAGACAUUAAGGUGCGUCCAGGUAUAAAGCGGCUAAAACAUCAUGCAGUGGAAUUCAUAGAUGGCAGGACAGAAAAUUUUGAUGCCAUCAUUUUAGCAACUGGUUACAAAAGCAAUGUGCCCUAUUGGCUUAAGGAAGAGAAUAUGUUCUCUAAGCAAGAUGGAUUCCCAAAGAGUCCAUUCCCAAAUGGGUGGAAAGGUGAAAAUGGACUCUAUGCAGUGGGUUUUACCAAAAAGGGACUACUAGGUGCAUCCAUGGACGCCAAGAAAAUUGCUGAUGAUAUUAAACGGUGUUGGGAAGGUGAUGAGGCAAAGGAAAUAGCUGUUUUUGCUCGAUCAAUUUUGCCACAAUCAAAUUCAUGAUUGAUAUUUGGUUUUGGCUAAGAAAACAAAAGAGAAGAAGAAGGGGAUUGAAAAGAAAAAAAUCAUAAUUGAUAUUGAAGUUUGCACAUGAAUGGAAAACAGAGAUUUUUUGUGGUGCUAUCAUCACACUAGCUCACACAUGUGCACAAUGCUAGUACCACCAAAAUGGAGCUCCACAAUGCAUGGGCAUGGAGAAGUGGGCAAGAGUGAAAGGAAAUCAUGGGAAGUUUUCCAUUGCAUUCAUUAUGUUCGGGAUGAAUGCAUGUCUGGAUACACGAGAGAAAAACACAGUGAGCCAAAAUCAGAUAAGCAAAUGCGUGUCUAUGGUAAUUUUGGUUUCACUGUAAUUUCACACUUUGUGUCAAAACAUGCAUUGAGAUCGAGAUGUUGAAAUGAAGUUGAAGGAAAGAAAAUUUGUGGUUUUUUCAUGGGGGGGCCCCCUUAACUCUCUGUACUUCUUGUACGUGCAUUGAAGCAGAGAGAAAAACAGAGAGGUAGAGAGGAACAGGGAAAGGGAGUUAUGGAAGAUGUUCAAUAGAGCAAGUGUUUUGGCAUGUGAUUGAGAAAGCUGUGACAUAAUAUUUCAUUUUUUGAUGUCAUUUUUGUUGUUCUUGUGGAAUGGAGUAUGACAUUCUGAUGUUUUUUUGGUUGGCUGUCUGGUAUUGUGAAUGCUUCAAUUGUUUGGUUCGUGACAUUAUAAUGUUCUUUUCUUUAUUUCGUGUGUACUCUUUGUAGAAAGUGAAAUGACUAACAAGGAAACAAACCACCGGUGGUGAAUGCUUAA